UUGUUUGUCACGCGAUUUUCUCUGGUGCACACAGUUUUGCUUUCUGAGCUUUCUCGCUAUGUCAUCUACAGAUAUGCAUUCAUCUCACUGAGUCAUGAUUUGUUGUCUGCUCUUCCAUGGAUUCUCAUCAACCCCAUUCCCUCUCUGCUCUACUUGUUUUCAAACACAGCCUCAAUUUUGAGUCGGUGAGGAGCUUGCAUGCGUACCGAUUUGAGGACGGGAAGGAAGUUGAAGUUGAGAGGGAGUUCUUGUUUUCAGAGGAUGGGUCGUAUGUGGAAAUGGCAGCAAGCCCAUUUCUCAGAUUGCAGAACUUCUGCAUUUCAGAAGUGUGUGCAGGGCGUGUGAUCGCGUCGUGGGUCUGCUUCUUUGCCUUCGGUCCUCAUCAUCCUCCUAUUUUGGACCGCAUUCCUCCGAUUCUGAUGAUCUCUCGUAAUCCCAAACUGGCAUCCAUCCCGGCAUUGGCCAAUGAUCUUCAAAUCAUUUUUGAGUUGGGAUGCAGACUGGAGAACAAAGAGCCAUCUCAUGUUCUAUCUGAAGAAAUUCAUGAACCGAACAAAGAUGAUCAAUCAAAAAGAACACUGUUCAUGUUUGACCUUAAUUGUCCUCCUUGUCUGGUUGCUACACCAGAGACAUCUGAGAAUCAAGAAAACGAUAAAGAGGCACCAGGUAUCAUAAUGAAGAAAAAGAGGGCAGCAAGUGAAGAUGUAGCUAAAAUUGCUUUAGAGGAUCUUGUCAAGUACUUUGAUGUUCCAAUGGUGGAAGCAUCAAGGAAUUUGAAAAUUGGACUAACAGUGCUCAAGAGGAAGUGCAGAGAAUUUGGCAUUCCUCGUUGGCCACAUAGAAAAAUUAAAUCCCUCGACGGUCUCAUUCGUGAUCUCCAGGAAGAGGCAGAACGACAACAGCUGGAGAACAAGGCUGCAGCCAUGGCCGUGCUAAAGAGGCAAAGGAUGUUGGAGACUGAAAAGGAAUGUAUAGAGCAGAGACCCUUCAUGGAGAUAGAGGAUGAGACCAAGAGAUUCAGGCAAGAUGUCUUUAAGAGAAGGCACAGAGCCAGAGCCCUUAAGAACCGGGGUUGAUCAAUCUCCCUGAUGUAGUCCUCAAGUCAGUACUCCAUCUGAGACCUGUAAAACACACCAGAGUUCUCACUUUUAUUAGUUUUGCUUCUAAUGGUGACUCUUGACUUUUUGAAUGUUGUUUAUGAUUUGGGACAGUGCUGUUUUACUGUCCUUACUUGAUAUCCAUCUGGGUUUUAGAGCUUAAAUGUUUUCUUAAUAAUCUCCUGUAUGAUGUGUCUCAGAAGGAGCUAGGACCCUAUCUAUAUGGUUUGAGAUGGAGUCUCAAGCACUAUGACCCUAACCUCUGUACCAUGUUUUUUACUUUUGUUUUGUAGAUUGUUUCAUGUUUAAGCAAGCAAUAAUCUGUUCAUGGUUACUA